ACUCCGCAUUUUUAGCUAAAAUACCUUGAUGUUAGCAAGAGCAUAUUGGUGGCCCAACCUCAAUACUUGCAGUUUCCAACUUUUAUUCCACGUUGUACGUUGAUUUGUUCUGAGAUCGCUAUUUUUUCUCUAAAACAAAAGAGCAGACUGUGAGCAAAUCUAGUAAAAAGUUAUAAUGGGUUUCCAGUGUUUAGUAGCAGCAAAAGCAAACGAGGUUAUUCAAGUCCACAAGUACCGCUCGGAUCUCACAGGAUUAACCGUGGUCAUCGCCGAAGUCGAGGGUCCUGUAGUGAAUGGUUAUUUUUCGCUUGCGACGGAAGCUUAUGAUGAUGAUGGUCUGCCGCAUACACUAGAGCACCUUAUAUUCUUGGGUUCGGAGAAAUAUCCGUACAAAGGUAUUUUAGACCUGGUAGCUAAUCGAUGUUUAGCCUCUGGGACAAAUGCAUGGACAGAUAGAGAUCAUACUUGUUACACGAUGACUACUGCUGGGAACGAAGGCUUCUUAACGUUGCUACCAGUGUACCUCGAUCACAUCUUGUACCCAACAUUAACCGAUGCCGGUUUCGUCACGGAAGUCCACCACAUUACGGGUGACGGUAUUGAUAGUGGGGUAGUGUAUUGUGAGAUACAAGGAAGGGAAAACACGGGCGAAUCUCGCGCAAACUUGGAGAUGCUACGUGCGGCAUAUCCGAACUGCGGAUAUAGUGCCGAAACUGGUGGAAUCAUGAGUAAUUUACGCACCAGCACUAGCAACGAAAAGGUGCGCGCAUAUCAUACCUCGUACUAUAGACCCGAUAAUCUCUACAUCAUUAUUACGGGGCAAAUCCGGGCCGAAAAUGUGUUUGCUGCACUCGAACCAAUAGAACAAAAAAUCAUUUCAAAAGGAGUCCUUACUCCAUUUAAUAGGCCAUGGCGAACGCCGGUCGCUCCUCUAAAUGCAUCAAAAGAUUUGACAGUCGAGUACCCUGCGGACGAAGAAGACUGUGGACUCGUAAAUAUUGCUUGGCUAGGGCCGAAAUCUACUACAGAAUAUAAUGAAUUGACUGACUGCUCCGUAUUGCUACGUUAUCUUACCGAUACAUCCGCAAGCCCCAUACAGCGUGAUUUUAUUGAGAAUGAAGAUCCGUAUGCAAGUCGAGUCAGCUACAGCAUUGUCGAAAAUUCUCGCUCUUUACUGUAUAUUGGUUUUGAAAACGUGCCUUUAGGCAAGGAAUAUGCGGUCUUCCCGAAGUUGAAUGACCUACUCAUUUCCUUCGGAAGCGGUAAAGAAAAGGUGGACAUGACGCGCAUGACGAACGUAAUUGAACGUUACAGGCUGGAGGCACUUAGUAGUCUUGAGUCAAAUCCACACGACGAUAUUGCUUUUCAUUUGAUUGGAGAUAUGUUAUACGGGACCAAUAACGACGAUUUUGAAGAGCGACUAAACGUGAAUCGACAUUUGAAGUCAUUAAAAGAAAAAGAGGAAAGCUUUUGGGUGUCAUUGUUAAAUAAAUAUUUUGUAAACGCCAACCAUGUAGUAGUACGCGCCGUACCAAGUGUUAAAGAAAAUCUUCGUAUAGCCAAUGCAGAACUGUUGCGGAUUGAGGAGCAGCGUAAGCGACUCGGCGAAGUCGGUCUUGAAGAGAAAUCCAAAAUUCUAGCUAAUGCUAAGGCAACCAAUGACAUUCUUCCACCAAUUGAGGUGAUAACUUCUUUCCCCGUGCCUUCGGAGAACAGAAUCAAUUUCUAUCCGGUUGAAGUUUUUCGCACAAGCGACGAGAACACACCCACUGGAAUCAAUCUACACAGCCUUCCCUUUUACGCUGAAGCUUACGAUUUGCAUACUAAUUUUUGUUAUUUAAAAGUGUCGUUAAACACUAGCGAAUUGACCGCUGAGCUGCGCCCGUACCUCGUCCUGCUUAUGGAGCUUUUGAAAGAAUCGCCUGUACGUCGUGGCAAUAAAUUAAUCCCCUACGAAGAAGUUGUUGCCACUCUAGAAUCAAAUACCAUAGAAACUACUAUAGAGCUUGGCUUCAAGGCAUCCAGUCGUUUCAGCGUGGGUUCAUACGGCAACAACGCAACGUUGCACAUGCAAGUGGUACGCGAAAAAUAUGUGAAAGGUAUUGAGCUUAUAGGGGAACUCCUUUACCAUAGCACGUUUACUACCGAACGCAUUAAAGUGUGCGCAACAAAGCUCGUCAACGAAAUUGCUCAAUUGAAACGUGAGGGUAACUCGAUAGCUAAAGAAAUUAUGAGAGCCAUGCGCUAUCAUGAGGAUAGCAACGUUCGUACUUGCUCUUUGUUGAAACAAUCGAAGUUCUUAACGGGAAUACUGAUCCAGAUGGAAAGAUCAGAAUUUGCUGCGGACGUAAUAGCAAAGUUAAACAAGACGCGAGCAAUAAUUACUCUUCCGCAAAAUACUUCACUACACAUGGCUGCUGAUUGGCAGGCGAUGGAACAUCUUGGGAUUGAUUUAAAUCAACCAUGGAAACAGUUACAGAUAGAUACAGGAACCUUUGAAAACUCCUUGUGCUCAAAACGAUUUUUUGCUGUCCCAGAUUGGAUGAAUUUGAUUUCAAAGAAUCAAUCUGCCAACAUACCGAAUAAUCUUAUUGUUACGCUCGGGAGUGUUGAGAGCGCGUUUCUGUUCCUCACCUGCCGUUCGAUAAGCGAUUUUAAGGAUCCCGAUUUGGUUCCGCUGUUGCUAUCGUUGCAGUAUCUUACACAGCUUGAAGGUCCGCUAUGGAGACAUAUUCGUGGACAAGGAUUCGCCUAUGGGUACAACAUAGCACCGAGACCGAAUGAAGGCCUGUUGUAUUUCACUCUCUACCGCGCCUCGAAUGUUGCAGCAGCUUUCAAAGAAGCAAUGGUGAUCACUCGAAAGCAAUUUGGCGACCAGCCUGAGUGGGACGAUACUUUGCUGGAAUCCGCGAGAAGCUCACUUAUCUAUGAAAUUAUUGCUCGAGAGAACAGCAUCGAAAAGGUGGUAGAUGCAUCGGUCCUCUCCUGCUUCAAGAACGUACCUUUAAAUUAUAAUCAGACAUUGGCUUCGCAAGUUCGUGAAGUGACAAAAGAAGAUUUAAUUCGUGUUAGCAAGCGGUACCUUGAAAAGCUGUUUUCCAACAGAGAAACUUAUAUGACCAUAGUUUGCCAUCCAGAUAAGGCAGCCGACAUUGAAACCGCUUUUGGUGGUAUGGGCAUGUCUAUGAAGGUGGAAAACAGUCUUGAAGAUAGCAUUUUGGCCUAAGCAACCCUAUGUAAAACCUAACCGUUACAACCAAAGCAAAAUAAUAAACCUGAUACAGCGUAGAACACUUAA